GCAGCGGAGCGGGCCUCCGUUAUCAACGCCCAGCGAUCGCGCCAUGCAUCAGCGGCCCACAAAGUACGAGCUGCUGUGAGCAUCGUGAAACAUUCUUACUCUUUGUUUCGCGAGUGCGUAGUGCGCGUGCAAUCGAUGUGACCACGGACGGCGAGCUUAUCGAUCGGCAGAGCUUGCCAUAAUUCAAUCACGGUAGCCAUGGAUUAUGCAACGAUAAACUCGCGGCCACUGCUGCAGGACACCGACGAUCGCGAGACGGACAGCGAUGCAUUUUUGGACGAUAAUUUUGCGGGUUCCAUAAACGCUUCGAGCAGCAACAUUCCGGACGCGUCCAAGGAGCCCACCGACACACGGAUCGUCGUCGGCGGUGGACCCGGAAGUCGGGUGGCUCCGUUGGACAAGCUCCACUUUACCUACGCAGUAUUUUAUCUGAUGGGCAUGACGACGAUGGUGCCGUGGAAUUUCUUUGUCACGGCCGAAGAAUACUGGCAGUACAAGUUUCGAAACGUUUCGUCCAACGACACCGGGAUACUUACACCGCGCCAGCUCGAAUUCCAAUCCGAUCUCAGCAUCGCAGCGGCGGUACCGAGUACCAUUUUUCUCAUCCUCAAUGCCUGCGUUGGCCACCGCAUUCCGCUGAACGUGCGGAUGAACGGAUCGUUAAUGUUAAUGUUCCUCAUCAUGAUCGGGACGACGUUCAUGGUUCGCGUGGACACCGACCAGUGGCAGGAUGCGUUCUUCAGGCUUACCAUGCUCUCCGUCGUCGUUAUAAACAGUUUCUCUGCGAUACUGACUGGUGGGCUGUUUGGGAUCGCGGGACAGUUUAGUGCCCACUACAUGACGGCCGCCGUGAGUGGCCAGGCGCUGGGAGGGAUUUUCUCUGCCAUCGCCGAUAUCGUCGCCCUGACCUUUGCCAGCAACCCCACGACGACGGCGUUCGUGUUUUUUAUCAUAGGAUGCGUGGUGUUGUUCCUGUCGCAACUCGCCUACUACGUCAUGUCGAAGACGCUGUUCUUCAAGUACUACACCUCAUCGAAGGCGCUGAUGAAAAGCUCACUGGAGGCGGAUCUGAGUUCGCGCGAACUGUGCCCCCGGCUAGAACCCCGGUUCCCGGUGGUGUUGGGCAAGAUUUGGCUGUACGGGUUCUCCGAGUGGCUCGUGUUCGUCACUACCCUGUCGAUCUAUCCGGCCGUGACGGUGCUGGUCGGUUCGCAGAACCAUGGGCGUCCGUGGAACGACGUUUACUUCCUGCCCGUCGUGAACUAUCUGCUGUUUAACACCGGUGACUAUUUGGGGCGCGUUAUUGCCGGGUUCUUCGAGUGGCCAUCGAACAACGCACUGCUGAUCAGCGUGGUAACGAUCGGCCGGAUUGCGUUCGUACCGGCGAUGCUCCUGUGCAACAUUACGCAGCAUCACAACUUUCCGGUAAUGAUCCACUCGGAUUACAUAUUCAUUGUGCUGAUGGCUGCGUUUUCAUUGUCGAACGGAUACCUCGCCAACAUUGCCCUGAUCGGGGCGCCACGAUCGGUAGAACCGCACGAGAAGGAGAUGGCCUCGUCGAUGAUGGCCGCCUUCCUCGGUAUAGGGCUGGCGUGCGGUUCCACCAUUAGCUUAAUGAUUAUCGAAAUGAUAAAGUGAUACACAGCUUUCCGGUAGGGCAAUCGCGUCCCCGGGACCAAAUAUCGAGGAUUUUAUUUACAACGAAACUCAACCCCCGGACAAACAGGUACGGCGUGAGCGGGUUCCGCGUUUUGGACCGCCGCACUCGCUAUUCUGUUAUCCGCCCGCCCGUCCGUUGCGAAGUGGCACGUGGUUUCUGGGCACAUUUAUAAGGUGACGAUGUUCUGUUAUUUUAAUCACCUAAUGUCCCCAGUGUCGAUAGGGAAAGUGUCGUAACAUUGUAAGAUAAUUACCUCAACCGCGGGGCAGAGACCGUUCACUGAUCCAACAUAAAUUGUAUUCGUCCACGUCCCUUGGUGCUCGAAGACUGGCUCUCGGUUGAAGAUGGAGGAGGCAUAGACAUUUAAAAGACCUACAGGCAUACAAUACAUAAUCAUAGUAAACAUGUGUAAACAUAGACGCAAUAAAAACGUGAUCG